GAAAGAAGUAGAAUAAAAAAAAAAAGAUGACAGCUUGUCGCCAAGUAUAAACAAGUCGAGUAGGUAGAUUAAUUUCUUAAUUUUAUGUACCUUCCCCAAUUAUUCUAAAAGUGCUUAAUCUAGCUUAUUGUGGACCAGGAAUACCAGCCUUGAUAAUUGUAUUUGUGAUAAACACUUUUACUUUUGUGAAUAAAUACCAUGGCCGACUCUGGUGUAGAUACGAGUAAUGAGAGCAGCGAUAAUCCAAUAUUUGAUCACUCUCAGUGCAUUUUGGAAUUCAGUCCUCCAGCCAUACCCAUAAAUCAAGCGGGGCAGCCAAUGCCAGUGGAGUUUUUAACUGAGCCACACGACCAUGUUGGUAAAAUCAAGUGUUCCACUAAAGCUAGACACUGUCGACUGAAAUAUAGAUAUGGUGGCACUAUUUGUUCAUCAAGAAACCACAAAUUACGUUUUGCUGCCUCCACUAAUAAUACUGAGCUAGUUGAGAAACUCUUGCUAUCAGGUGCUGACCCAAAUUCCUCAGAUGAGCAUAAGAGAAGUCCUUUGCACUUAGCUGCAUGUCGUGGCUAUGUGGAGGUAAUUAGGAUUUUACUGAGACAUGGUGCUAACCCUAACAUCAAGGACACACUGGGCAACACACCACUACACCUUGCUGCUUGCACAAAUCAUAUUCCCGUAGUGAUAGAGCUGCUUGAUGCUGGCACUGAUGUUAGUUCGCAUGAUAAAAAUGGCCACAACCCCAUACAGUUGGCACAGAGCAAACUGAAACUCAUACAGAUGCGUCCAAGUGGUGCUGGUCACUUUGAGGAGACAAGACAGCUCAUUGGAGAGAUAUGCUUAGUUGUUGAAAUGAUGUUGAAGUACAUGAAGAUGCAGAAAGCUGAUGCUGGUGACCUGGAGUCUGUCUGCCAGAGACUAGAGCGCGUUAGCACUCGUGAACAGGUUGAUUCUGAAGUACAAAACUUACUUGACAGCUUAGAUUCUCUCAAAUUGAGAUAAUUAUAUUAAGUUUUUACAAAUGUUUAUGAAGACUGUUUAAGAAUUUAACUGUCUAAUGUUAAGAGCUCGGUUGAAUGUUUAGAUAUUCUAAACAAGUCUAUUAGAAUAUGAACUGAGAAACUUAUUUAUAAGAGAAUUACUUAAAAUGUCUUUUGAUUUUUAUUCUAGCUAUCAUUAAUAGUUUUGUAUGUCAAUUGCCAUAAGUUAACUAUAAUCACAAUUAUUUUAUUAUUUUGUAAUGUGUGUUGGUUUUUCAUUAUAUUGCAUUUGAAUAACUAAUUAUGUCACACUAGUUUAAGGAUAUUUUAGUUAACUAUCAAAAUAUAGAUUAUAAUAAAGUUAUUGCAUCCUCA